AUGACGCACAACGCUGCGGUAUGCGCCGCAACGCAGCGUCACGACGCAGCAUUUAGCGUCGCUGCGGAGAGGUGGUCAGUUGAUUUUGCCGCAGCUACCAAGGUAGACGUGAACAUGAACAAUUUUUCUGUAAUUUGUGCUUUGCUUGAAGAAGAGGAAGAAGAAGAAUUAUUAACUCCGAGGAACAUGUUUUUACAACGGAGGAGUGAAGGUUGUUACGAAACCUUAAUAAAAAGGCAUUUAAUUAAUUGUGAAGAAAAAUUCAUGGGUUACUUUCGGGUUUCAAGGGAGAUCUAUAACAAGAUUUUAAUGGCCAUAAAAGAUGAUAUUAGUGACACACAGCCUAGAACCAGAAAUCGGAAUUUUGCUAUUACGGCACAAGAAAAACUAUUCCUAACGUUAAGGUAA